AUGGAAAUCAAGGACUCGAGGAAACUGAAGUGGCCUCCCAGAUUGCGGUCUCCCCCCGAUACUCGUGACAAGAGUAAGUACUGUGAUUUCCAUAGAGAUCAGGGACAUACAACGGAAGACUGUUUGGCCUCAAAGCGGGAAAUUGAAGCUCUUAUAAAAAGGGGAUUUUUGGGCUCUUACACUAGCAAUGACAAGCACCCGAUGAAUAAUCAGAACAGAGACAAAGGCCCAAAGGGUCGGGGAAACAAGCAACCAACUGCAGAGGACAUCACUUUUGGAACGGAGGACUUGGAAGGCAUAGCAUUCCCUCAUGAUGAUCCUCUAGUCAUAUUGGCCAUCAUCGCCAACUUUGAAGUCAAGAGAGUUAUGGUAGAUAAUGGAAGUGCAGCAAACAGUAGCUCAAGCCAGUCAAAACACCGCUCUAAGGAUUUGGAGGUGGGGUCAUCACCCCGUAAG